CGUUGCGGUUCUCAUCACUCCGGUCUCGUUCACCUGCCGCUGCCCCCCCCCACGCCGCGGGUGGUUCUUCCCUCUGCCCGCGCGCGGCGCUGCGGACGAACCCACGCGAAAGGCUCGCGGGGGGGUGGGCGGACAGGCGCGCGGCCGGCGCGGGGAGCGCGCACGGCUCGGCUCGGCUCGGAGCGGCGCUGGAGCGGAGCGGGCGGUGGGGGAAGAUGGAAGGAUCGUCCUUCGGAGCGGGCCGGGCCGGCGGUGCCGUCGAUCCUGUGGAUUUCCUUAAGCAGCCGCAAACCAUCCUCCGGGCGACGGCUUGGAUCUUUUCCAUCGUGGUGUUUGGCUCCAUUGUGAAUGAGUGCUAUGUGAACAAGGAUGGCACAGACCCUGAGCUACACUGCAUCUUCAACGAGAAUGAGAGUGCUUGCAGCUAUGCCAUUGCCAUUGGCAUUAUUGCCUUCUUUGGAUGCAUCUUCUUCCUUGUUGUGGACCUCCAGUUCCAGCAGAUCAGUAGCGUGAAGGACCGCAAACGAGCUGUCCUACUGGACCUGGGCUUUUCAGGUUUCUUGUCCUUCCUGUGGUUUGUAGCCUUCUGCUUCCUAGCAAACCAGUGGCAGCGGACAACGAUGAGCAAAGGGGCUUCACAAGGAGCAGAUGCUGCCCGGGCAGCGAUCGCCUUCUCCUUCUUCUCCAUCAUUGUCUGGGUUGCACUGGCUCUGAAGGCGCUGCAGCGGUACCGCCUGGGCACCGACAUGUCGCUCUUUGCCACCGACCAGUUUGCCACUGACCCCAAUGCUGCAUACCCUGGGUACCCCACUGGCAGUGGCAUCGAGAGCAAAGAGACCUACCAGAGUCCCCCAUUCACUGAGACCUCGGACGCCAACCCGAAAGGUUACCAAGUGCCAGCAUACUGAGGGAGGAGGGCGUGCGGCUGUGUACAAAUAGACCGAGUCCUAUGGUGCAGUACAGUUAACCGGUUGAUUGCAAAUGUAUUCAGUACCAUUUCCUUAAUGUGGCAAGUCAGUGCUGGGUUCCUUACUAUUAGCUAGUUGUGCAGUGAAUUCUGUACAGUGGUAUUGGUUCUUGUCUUACCUGUCCAAGGGUUUUAUAAAAGCAGUGUUCCCUCUAAGUUGGAAGAAAGAAGGUCGCUACUCCGUGUGGCAGAAGAUAAGUCAGUACCUUCUCUGAGGCUUGUUUUAGCACCACUGGUCACUAGGUGCCACAGAGUGCCUGGGAAAGCCAAAAAUACCUUUUCCUGCUAGAAAACGAGGUAGCUGAUGAGUUUUUCAUCUCGUUCUUCCAGAGCUAACACAGAUGUGGCCUCAUUGCAGUGUGGGGGGCUGCAGCUGGGGUGGUUGGCCCUGAGCUAGUCCCACUGCUGGUAGAACUUUCAUGUACAGCACAUAGAGCAGAGGCCGUGGAAAGUGCCAAAUUUACAAAGAAAUAAGUGGUGUCUGUGUUACUUUUAUUUGUAUAUAUUUAUUGUACAAAAAUCCAUGACCAAACGGGUGUUUAAAACAUAGUUCAGGGUGCAGGGAGGGUAUGGGGGCACAGAAGCUUGGGUUUUAUGUUGAAUAUCCAGACAGCUUCUGUGCUUCCACACAGUUCUGGUUGAGGAUAUAGAAAGCUGGGUUUGAAACUUGCUUUGGAAAAGAAUUUAGCAAUAGUUGUCUGCUAAUUAGAAAUGGGCUUUUAUCAGUGGAAAAUAUGGCGUGUUUCGGUUCCACUUCAUCGUGGAGUUGUUGAAGUUUGCAAAUUUACAGAUAGUUCUGAUUGGCAACACUGAACUCUUGCUCACCUUCAGACCCAGAGCUGCCAACACAAAAGGUGUGGGUGCCUCAGUGACUCAAAUUCUAAAUCAAUUAGGAAGCAGAAUGUAGCUCGUGUUUUUCUACUGGGAGCAGCCACCAUCUGUCGUAAUUGCAGCAAAAUCCUCAGGUGUAAAUGUGUGUGUUGCACUGCAGUCCCUGGCGAUGCAGAAUUCAAAGCAAGCACUGAAAGGACUCGAUGGGCUUUGAAGUCUGUUGUGGGAGUGCACGUGGCACAUGUUUGCCCAUAGUGGGAGAAUAGAGAAUAGAGAUAAACACCUGAGGAGGAGGCCAAGUUUGGUUUCCAACAGCAGAACUACAGCCUUGUUAAUACCAAGUCAGUCUGAAAAGUGCAGCAGAUGCUCAUCACCUGCUGAGAACAGAGCAUGGUGGCUGAGCAGUGGGCCUGUCUCUGGCUGAGUCCCCCCAGCUCACCUGGCUGCAGGGAUCCUACGCUGCGCUGUUAUUGCUGGCAGAGCUGUGUGUUGCCUUCUGACCUCGCAAGCAAUAGAUAAAGUACUGCCCCAGCUGUUCUUGUAGCAAAAAAAUCCAGCAGUUUUUUGUCGUCAUCGUUAGCACAGCUCAUUUCUGCUGCUAAAUUGCAAAUAAAUGCAUUAAUUAAUAAGCAGCAAACCUCAUCACAGGCAGUCAUUAUCAGUGACAAAAUGCAUAACUUGAAUAUUCCACUAUUUAGGUCAGAUUAAAACUUGCAUUCACAAUGAGCGCUGGCUUUCCUGGAUCCAGAUCUGCCCGGCAGCACCCAAUGCCGAUGGAGCUGUGCAGUCAUUUCCCAGCUCAGAUGCUGCUGCAGAACCCAGUCCUUCAUGUGUGGUGAUACAGGGACCUGGCAUCCCUUACAGCUUUCCCUUACAGUGACAGCUCCACAGCUCAGCCCUGCUGCCAGCAUAGCUGCUCCCUGCAGCAGCAGGAGGAUGCUGCACUGCUGAUGGAGGAGGCUCCUGGAGCUGAUGCAAGAAGCAAGAAAGGUGCCCUGGGGGGUAUCAGCUUGUGCUGGUUGAGGUAGGUGAGCAAUGAGAAAUUUAUGCAUUGAGUGGGGACACCCAAACCCCAGUAGAGUAUAAGCCUAAGUUAAUUCUCUAACCCUUGUGAUUUUUCUAGAGCCAGUCUUGCUGAAAAUAAAAGGGCAAAAGAUUUUAAUACAGGGUACAGUAGAACUGUAGCAAUAUUUUCCUUAGAGGGAACACUGAAAUUUUAGCAGCACAAACAGUACUUGUGUUAAUAUUUUAGCAAAAUUAUAAUCAAUUUAAAUGUUUAAAUUGAUUGUAUGUGAGAUAAUGUUUGUUCGGUACAUUGUAUUUUUUCUAACUAUAUAACUGUUCCAGAGUUUCCUUGUAACCGUAAAGAACUAAAGUUCUGUCUGACUGCGAGAAGUGUCCUGAUCAGUGGUGUAAACGUGCUGAAUAUUACGAAUAUUACAACAUCUGAAUGUACGCACCCCAGGCCUACACUGCAUUUCUUUUCUUUCCACCCCCUCCCACCCCGUGGCUGUGGGACAUGGACUCACCCUCACGCACCCCCAUCACUGACCUAAGAGCAGCCACUAUGGCACAGGGACAGCAGCACAACUGUGACUUCAUCCCCAGGCUGGGCACCGUCGUUCUUCUCAAGGUCAGCUUCUUAUUACAGUCAUUGCUGCCCAGAAUGCGUUAUUAUGUUUAAACUCUGCUCGGUGCUGUGCGUGUGUGAGGACCUGGAUGUGCUGUACUCGGCAGGAGAGGAGGAGGAAGGGGAUUUGGUGCCUGGGUUUCCUGGCAGGGGUGAGGCAGAGCAGGUGCUGCUCCAUGGCUGUGGUCUGGAUAUGACAACGCUGCCAGAGAAACCUCCCCCUGCUCCAGGGGCUGCAGGAGCCAGCGAGCAUCCCUCAGUUGGUGCAGGAUUUGCAGGCAGCAGAGAUGAGGUCACCACAGUCACUCCUCAGUCUGCAUCAGGGUUGGGAUAAAAUGUAAUUAAGGUGGCACUGCGACACCUGAGAUACACAUGCAUUGGGAACAGCAGUUUUAGACACCUUGGAAGAGAAACAUUUCCUGGUUUGUUGGCGACUGUUGCUCAGCUCCUGUGUAAUUUCCCCAUCCCCCAGGCUGGGAGCACAAGGCCCUGCUGAAUUAAAACCUUAAUUAAAGGAAGCGUGAGACAUGGCCCUCUCCCUGGCUGUGAUGAGUCAUACCUACCCCUCACACGGGGUCCUGUUUCCAAGCACUUUGUGAGGCUCUGCAGUGCUUCCUCUGUGCUCUGUGUUACCAGUGCUGUCUGUUAACCGUUGUAGCACCUCUGUGAUGGGUCAGUCAGUGUGUGCAGGUAUGGGCUGUAACAGCACAGACUUGUGGGCUCAUGAUAGGGGAACUAUUGGAUCCCUGCAGUGUCUCUUUUGAGGUUCAGACAAUCAUACCAUCACUCUUCAUGCUUCUUUCACUCGCUUUCUAUUCUAGCAAGGUAGAAGCUUUGCUCAACCAAUACUCAGUAAAAAAUCUCCCCAACAAUGUGCUUCACCAUCUCCUGCAGUUUAACCAUGUCUACGAGCAGUUGGAUUUGAGUUGCUGCUUUGGUGAGGCACUUAGCAAGAUGAGUUUCCCAUUGGGCAAACUGCAGGUAGCUGCACAGAGCGCUGAGUUUGUGCUACAACAGUGACAGCUACAGCACUUCUCUGCUUUCUCCAUCAGCUGCUCUUUCUUUACUGGGAGUCACCCAUCCCCUUCACAGUACUGUCCCAUUCCCCCCACCUGCUGCAGCCGUGAGAGCAGUUGAAUAGAAUUAAACCAACUGUGAUCGUUGCCUAUUCAUUAGUAAAAGCAUAGAAUCAAUAUUCCUCUCUCUAAAAGCUGUGUAUAUUUGCAGACUUCCUUUCAGCCUUCUUUGUCUUCCUGGGGAGAGCAGACGAGUUCCACUCUGUUUUAUUCACAAUGCUUUUCUAGAUCCCAUUUAGAAGCUGUGUGCUGACCUCCCACCACCACAGGCUCAGACAUGGCCUUCACUGUACCAACACGAAACCCAAGUUCAGCUGCCUGUAUUCUGUUGCAAUAUGCGUUUAAACCUCAGAUUCUUUUUAAUAACAAAGAUACCAAAAUGUGGUUUGCAAAUUUCAGUUCUUUGGCAGAUACCUCUGUAUGAGCAGACCGCUUCCACGAGCUGCAGCUGUCACUAACCCUACGUGGAUUGUCGUAUACAGUGGACUGUGUAUGGAAAUAAGUUAAAAAUGUUUACAACUUUUGUACAUAUUAUAUAUAUAAAUAUAUAUAAAAAUAUCUUUUGAGAGAGCGAUCCGUGAUGAUGUAUUUUCAGUGUCUGUGUAACCAACCGCAACUUAUUUUCAAUAAAGAGUUUAAAACGAA